AGCUAAGGCGUGGUUUAUAAACAGGGAGGGCACUUUGUGACGUCAUUUUGGCGCUUGGAGUAGUGCGAGUGCAAAAAAAAUCACAGACGCUGAAGUUGAGUUUCCUCCACGUUGUUUCAGGGGUAAAUGUCGUUCUGUUUUGUACCAUUUGAUUUAAAUUACUUAGGCAGAUUUCAGAAUGUCUGAUAGACAAGGAGCUAGACCCAAGCGAAGGAGGAGUAGUUCAUUGUCUAGAAAGAGCAGGACUGUGCAGAAGACUAAAAGACGUAGUUCAUCUUCAGAACAGAGACGAAAGAAGUUAAGGAGAAACAAAGCAGGCAGAAAGAGUGUCAAGAAGCGAAAACGCAGGGUAGUGAAAAACAAAUUGAAACACAAGACACCAGUGAAGAAGAAAUUCAAGAAGAAAAGAGGUGAAGAAGGACCUGUCAAGAAAAAGCCAGCAAAAGGGAAAGGAAGUAAAAGGCUUCUAGGUGGUCAUAUGUCUAUAGCAGGAGGUAUUUGGAAAGCAGUUCAUGAUUCUGUGAUAGUGGGAGGCACUGCAUUUGCCAUGUUCCUUGGCUCUCAGCGAACAUGGAAAAGCAAACCCAUUGAUGAAAGAGCAGCAGAAAGGUUCCGCCAAGCCUGUGUUGAAUAUGGAUUUCAUCCCAGUGUGAUCUUGCCACAUGGCUCCUAUCUAAUGAAUUGUGGUUCUCCCAGGCGGGAUAUUUUUCAAAAAAGCAGAUCAAUGCUGAUUGAUGAGCUGCGACGCUGUGAACAACUUGGCCUGACUAUGUUUAACUUUCACCCUGGAUCAACUCUAAAUGAAAUCAGUGUGGAGGAGUGUCUUGAAAGAAUAGCAGACUCAAUUAACUAUGCCCACCAGCACACCAAUAAGGUCAUGACUGUAAUUGAGAAUAUGUGCUGUCAAGGAAACACAGUUGGGGGAAGAUUCUCAGAAAUAAAAGGAAUUAUUAAAUUGGUGAGAAACAAAAAGAGGAUUGGGGUCUGUUUAGAUACUUGCCAUGCAUUUGCUGCAGGGUAUGACCUGUCAGCAAGGGGUGGAGUGAAGAAAAUGCUAGAUGAGUUUGAUGCACAAGUUGGCAUGAAGUACCUGAUGGCCAUUCAUCUAAAUGACUCUAAAGGAAUGUUGGAGUGUCACAAAGACCGUCAUGAGAACAUUGGUUAUGGACAUAUUGGCUUAGAUGGGUUCCGUCAGGUUAUGAAUGAGCCCCGUUUACGCAAAAUUCCAAUGAUUCUCGAGACGCCCCACAGGCCCAACUUUGAUUAUGAAAAGGAGAUUAAACUACUGCGUUCUCUUUGUAACUGAAGCACACGGCUUGGACUGUUUCUUGGACAGAAGUUGAAACGUGAACUGGCUAGUUUCAGUCGGUGGCAUCAGUUUUCUUUCACUACACCACACAAGGUACCGAAGAAGUAGUAUUUUCAACUUUUUCCUCACUAAGUAUUAUUUUGGUGCCUCUCCCAAGUAGUGGGAUACCUGGACAAUUUAUUGUGAACACCUGUAUGAUAAGAUAUUUUACUUUGUGCCUUUUUUGAAACACUGAUUCUCUAGAGGAAAGAAAACUACUAACUGAAUGAAAAUAAAGCAGAAAGCAUAUUGUUAACAAGAGAAUCCUGUCUUUAGAAUAUUUAAAGAAAAAAAGUUGAACAUUGUUGUAAUACAGAAUUCAUGCAAGUUCAAAAGGUAGCAUGGCUGCACCUGGCAAAUAUUUGGCUUUGCUAAAGUCCGUUUUUUUUUUUAUUGUACUGUACAUGGUUAUAUGUUUGUAUAUUUUGUUUAUUUUGUUUAAAAUAAAUUAAUUUUUAAAAUUUUA